CCCCGGGGGCAGGCACCGCCGGGCCUGUCUGUGCCUGGGGGCCCCGGGAGCCCUGGUGCCUUUCGGUGGAUUGGGGCCAGCUCAGCUCUGCAGGACGCUCUUACAGGGGUUGUGUUUAAGCAAUUUAGUUUCUCUGUUAAAUGACCCUAAAUGGUUCUCUGUGCUACAAACCCAGUUAAGCGCUGUGGAGAGGCAGAGCGCGUCAGCUUGGCAGCAGUGCUGUGCAAGGAGCUGCGUCUGCCCUGCUUACAGGACCUGCAUCAGGAUGGCUGGGAAGGCCCAGCCUUGGGGUGUGCUUAUGGGGGUCGCUUUGCUUUGUGUCCUUGCCCUCCUUUACCCUUGGCAUCCUGGCGAGGUAGGUGACACAGACAGGCAAGCAGAGCAGAGGAUUGGCAGCCCUGACCCCCAGCUCUGCUAACAGUGGCAAAUUGCUUCAGCCCUUGGUUUUGUUUCAGAAUCAAAUUGCGCUCUGGGAGCAGAAGGCUGUGGUUUUUUAGUGGUGGUCUCCUCAGCGCUCAGUUUGUCUAGUCCUGUCGGUCAGCAAUGCUUUGGUAGCCCAAGUGCCUGCAACACCCUCAGUGUGUUUCCCUUGGCAGGAGCCUCGUGGGGCAAGACUGUGCUACACAGUUCACGCUGGGGAGGGUGAAUUGAGGCCAGGAGGGUUCAUGUAAAAGGGCUGUGGUUAGAGCAGAGAGUUUAAUGAAGGCUCCUGAGGCCCUGGCCAGUCCUGAACAACUCCCUCAUCCUCUCCUUUUGCACCAGCACAGAGCAGUAGAAAAGCUCUUGGAUUUCUUGUUCAUCAAGUCAUAACUUUUCUCUCUACAGAUUUUUUUAAAGUUACGAGGAGCCGAAACAAACUGUUCACGGCCUCCCAGAAUGGCAGACCAGAAGCGCCUUGCCUAUUCCAUCAUCCAGUUUCUACAUGACCAGCUACAGAACGGGGGUCUGUCUCCAGACGCUCAGGAGAGUUUGGAAGUGGCCAUCCAGUGCCUGGAGACAGCAUUUGGGGUCUCGAUGGAAGACCAAGGCCUAGCUGUGUCCCAGACUCUUCCGGAAAUAUUUGAAGCUGCUGCAGGAAAGGAGCCUGAACACAUCAGAACAAAUUCAGAGCCUAUCACCCCCUCUGAAGAUGACAUCGCUGAAGCUGAGAGACUCAAGACUGAAGGAAAUGAACAAAUGAAGGCAGAAAACUUUGAAGCUGCUGUGUCUUUCUAUGGAAAAGCAAUUGAAUUAAAUCCAUCCAAUGCUGUGUAUUUUUGCAACAGAGCUGCUGCAUACAGUAAACUAGGAAAUUAUGCUGGAGCAGUGAGAGACUGUGAAAGAGCUAUAGGCAUUGAUCCAAACUACAGCAAAGCGUAUGGCAGAAUGGGCUUGGCCCUCUCCAGUUUAAAUAAACACACAGAAGCUGUUGUUUACUACAAAAAAGCCCUGGAGCUGGAUCCAGACAACGACACUUACAAAUCAAACCUUAAAAUAGCUGAACAGAAAAUGAAGGAGACUCCUAGUCCAACUGGAGGUCCAGGAGGAUUCGAUUUAGCUGGCUUGCUGAACAACCCCGGCUUCAUGAGCAUGGCGUCUAACCUCAUGAACAAUCCACAAGUACAGCAGCUCAUGUCUGGGAUGAUUUCUGGUGGCCACAACACCAUGGGAGCAGCAGGCACCAGCCCCUCCACGAAUGACCUCGCCAGCCUCAUACAAGCGGGCCAGCAGUUUGCUCAGCAGAUGCAGCAGCAGAAUCCUGAACUAAUAGAGCAGCUACGGAGCCAGAUUAGGAGUCGAACUCCAAGUGCCAGUAAUGAAGAUCAGCAACUCCAGGUGAGGCUGGAGCUGGGAGUGCUGCUGCACUGUGGCCAGCUGAGUGGGAAUUGGUGCAUUUGGCUGCAAUAUCUGUCUUGUGCCUUCAUUUAGUGAUUUGGUGUCUCCCCACUGUGCAGACUGGGUUCUCUGCAUCAGUGCUGCUAGUACUGUGCCUCAGGUGCAAGGCUGAGCUCUGGGGAGCGGUGAAUAAGCACACAUCGUGUGACUGACAAGCGGGUUUCCUUAUCUGGUGUUCACAGUGGUUAAAGGGACGCUUUAUUUUCUUAAAGAUUGAAUUUGCAAAUGUCUUGUCUUCCUGUCUCUGCAGCGCAGUCCCUGGGAACUGUGUUCUUUGCUUUAAAAACUGGAAGCCAUGUGCGUGUUGCCAUUUCUUGAGUUGGAAGUGUCCAAGAGGGGGAAAAAAAUGGAAAAACAAAAUACUUUAUAUGACC